AUGAAGGGGUCUCUCAAAGUAGACAUUGAUGGGUCGUUCAUGGCGGGCUCAUUAGAGGGGGCCAUCAGCUGCAUAUGCAAACAUGAUCACGGUCGCUUGGUGGAUGGUUUUGCCAGAUCUAUUAAAGUUAAUUCAGCAGAGCUCGUGGAGGCAAGAGCGUUGGUUGAAACCCUAGACUUCUUGGUCGCACAAAGAGGACAAAAAAUCUACUUGGAGUCGGACAAUCUAAGCUUAGUUCAGACUUUGAAGGGAGCAAAUCACUUCCCAUGGGAAGCGCACCAAGUUAUCACUGAGGCUAAGUCGAAGUUGCUGGGCUUUGUUGAUCUUUCUCUGGAGUACUGUAGCCGAGAAGGGAAUAGAGCCGCAGACUGUCAAAGCUUGCGACCAUCCUUGUCUAGUUUGGUCGUACCUGUCCCUCAUUUUCAGCAGCAUCCUCACCCCAUGGCUGACGAAGCUGAAUUGGCCGUUUCACUGGCGAAGGCCAGUCUUCUUGAUCUUCUCUCCAAGUCACAAAAAAUCAUCAUCCCCCAUCAAAACUUCACACGUCAAAUCCGUGACUCCAUAAACAGUCUCCAAAGUAUCAUGAACAAGAUGCGACAACAAGCCUUCCACAACCAUGAACCUUUUCCCGACAACGCAACCCUUCUGGUUAGGGCUCGCGACGCUGAGAAGGCUGCACAACAUCUCCUUGUCCAAUUGCUCCGACAUUACGUGUCGAAAUCGCAACUAGGUCGGUUCUUCUCAGCAGCUGACCGAGUACGUGCCAGGAAAAACAUGGCCACGCAAUUCAGGGACGGAGUUGUGUCGCCAUUCCAACAGCUCGAUGCCAACUGGCCUGCUGCUGCUGAAAAUGGCCAGCAGGACAGUGGAAUGGCAUAUCAAGGAAACAUGAGGGUCGAGUCCGACAUCGUGGGCCGUGACCAAAGUGUGACUCUUCUUGUGACCAAUUUGAUUCCUCCGGCAGAUCGCAACGCCCCUCCUCCUCCUCCGGAUUCACUUCAUGUGAUCGCGGUGGUUGGCAGAAGAAACUGUGGCAAGACCGCACUGGUGAGAAGUGUCUUCAACAAUCUAGAGGUCAAGCAUCACUUUGACUGUUGCGCUUGGGUCCGGGUCGCUGACGUCGGGCCGGAGUCCUGGACGGAGAGCCUCCUGGUGGACAUACUGUUACAGAUGCCAUUUCAAGAUCAGCUGAAAGACUUGAAGCACAAGAAUAAGGAGCAGCUGAUCCGCAUGCUUCGUCAAUUGUUGAUGGAGAAGAGAUACUUGAUAGUUUUGGAUAAUUUAGGCGCCCGACGCUUCACCGACUUCUGGGAUCCAUUUGAGGACUCAAAUGGAAGCAGAAUAAUUGUCACCUCUACUGAAGAAGCUAUGCAAAAUUUGGUAGACCCGGGGGUAGAUGAUCUCCAAUUAUGCCCGGACUUCACCGAAGAAGAGUGCAUGGCAUUGCUGCAGGAUAGCUUCACUGGAGGAGGAGUUCUCCCUCCAGAAUUGAUGACGUUAAUUCUGAGAAAAUGCGGAGGUUCUGCCCCGGCGAUCUCACUGCUAGGAGGACUUUUGUCUGCUGUGGAAGAGAACAGAAGGGAGGCCCUCGUCGCCCCGCUCGGAGAGUCUGCCCCCCUCAACCAUUUCCUGAGCUUGAGCUUCAACGAAUUGCCUAUCGAGAUGAAGCCAUGUGUUCUCUAUAUGGCUCUCUUUCCUAAGGAGUCUGAGGUCCCCACAAGGAGGCUUUUCCGGCUAUGGGCUGCUGAGGGGUUGUUGUUGGCAGAGCCGGCUGCUGAUGGGCUAGUCCGAAUGCGGUCAGCGGAGGACUGUUUUCAUGAAUUAGAGAGAAGGAACUUGAUUCGUGUGGUACGCCGGAAACCGGACACAAGUGCCCGAUCAUGUCGCAUGCCUGCAUUUCUUCAUGAUUUUUUCUGUCAGAUGGCAAUAGACUUCCGACUUCUUAAAAUCAGCCCCGAUGCCGAGCAGAAUGCUCCUAAUCAACCAAACCAAGCGCAAAACACAGCGACAGGACAUCAUGAUUACAUUGUCCAAUACCUUCGUUCUGUUGCAUCAUUUCAAACCUGUAAGCCAGGGACAGAACAAGGGAGAGAGAUCAAAGAUCUUCUUAAACCACCAAUUAUAGACGAAGGCCCGGUUUUGCUGAGGGUACUAGAUCUCGAGGGUGUUUACAAGCCUGUUCUCCCCAAGAAAUUCGAGGAUAUACUGCCGAACCUAAGGUAUUUGGGAUUGAGACGGACAGCUCUGGAUUCGAUUCCGGAAUCAGUCGGGAAUUUAUUGCUCCUGGAAACAUUAGAUCUGAAGCACACCAACAUAACCAAAGUGACCAGCGCCAUUUGGAAUGCGAAGAACCUCCGACAUCUGUACCUGAGCGAAGCAUCGUUUGACGGGCCCAUUCCAGGACAUGUCUCAACGGGGUCUAAACUCGAGACGCUAUGGGGUCUGUUCAUAGAAACUGAUAGGAGCCCCAUGAUAAAUGUGUUGCCGAGGCUGCAAAGCCUGACGAAGCUGGGUGUCACGUGCCGUCCCGGAGCGGUGAUGGUGGUAGCAGGAUGCAUUUUAAGACUGACCCGUCUCAAGUCCCUGAGGUUGAGAUCGAGGGACUUGUUCAGUCAGCCUGCGGUCCUCCGUUUCGGUGAUAACAUGACAGGGCUCAGAGAUCUUUUGGAUCUUUCAAACUUGUAUUUGCUUGGAUCGUUGCGGCCCGCACAGAACCCGUGUUCGGUCCUUCCUCUGAGUCUGAAAAGGCUUACCUUGUCGAUGUCAGGAUGUAGAGAUGACCCGAUGCAGGUUCUACAGCACCUGAAUCAAUUGAUUGAACUCAGGUUAUUGGGUCGAUCGUGCUCCACGAGACAAUUACAUUGCCAAGCAGGUUUUCCACAGCUCCGAGUCUUAAAACUAUGGAUGCUGGAUAACUUGGAAGAGUUUGCUAUCGACCAAGGGGCGAUGGUUAAUCUCGAAGAGUUGGAUAUCAGCCAAUGCGAGAAGCUAGGGAGGGUUUCUGGCUUGGAUCAGAUCAACAACAGGUUGACAAGUUUGCGUCUUACUAAAGUUAAGAAAGUCCUUGACCCCAACGGCCCCGCCCACGACCCUCCCGCCCCCGACGUUCGUAUCAGAGUUCGCCGCCCAGGUACAUGGGUCAAAACAACGGAGCUACUGCGCCAGGAGAAAUAUGAUGGAACAUUUUGGAGAGCCGAGGCUUACGAAUGCCGACUCUAG